CCAACAUCUGUACUCCAUCGCCUACCGUAUUACAGUACCAGAGGGUCCGCAGUGACCUGAUGUUCGGAGCGUAUACAUGGCUCUGCUCGCUUUGCUCAUGCAGCACGGAAGUCUUCGCUGGCAUCGCAGAGGUUGCCGCUAUACAAGUGCAUGAUGAAAACGAUGUCCUUGCUGUGGUUCGUGACGGUUGUCGUUUGAAGAUCAAGCUCGAUAGAACAUUGGUGUACCGCAGUCACUGUGGAUGACCA